AUGAGCGUUUUGAGCCGCGGCUCGUGGUCGACGGGCCUGCGCGGCUGCUGCUGCGAGGGCAUCCCUGGCGCGUGCUGCACGUAUUUCUGCCCGUGCGUCAUCCUCGGCAGGAACGUGAACAUCGUCACCGACGGAUUCACCGAGUCGUCCACGGCGUGCUGUCUCUUCUUCCUCGUCGACUCGCUCACCCUCGGCCUCUGUGCCUUCGUCUACUCCUGCGGCUACCGCACGCGGCUGCGGCAAAAGUACGACCUGCCGGAGUCUCCCUGCGGCGACUGCCUCACGCACCUGUGCUGCCUGCCGUGCGCGCUCUGCCAGGAGAACCGCGAGCUCAAGAACCGCGGCUGGGACCCCAAGCUAGGCUUUGCAUCGAAUGUGCGCAUCUUCAGGGCGCGAGGGCAGGAGCCCCCUCCUCAGGUCAUGCAGCGGUGA